AUGUAUUUAUUAAGUUUGUUCCUUUUAUACGCUGUUGCACACACGUCGGCAUUAACUACACCAAUCUAUCCGACAACGGCUGAUCGCGUGGUGGCAAACAAUUAUCCCGUAGAGUCACAUACCGUACAGACAAUCGAUGGCUACCUUCUUACCAUGUUUCGCAUACCUUACUCGCUGCGCGCACAAAAUGCCAAUGUGCCAAACAAAACUGUGCUGUUUCUACAACAUGGUUUAAUUAGUUCUUCGGACGAUUGGAUUUUGGCUGGUCCAGAUAAGGCUUUGGCCUACUUGGCAGCCGAUGCUGGUUACGAUGUGUGGUUGGGCAACUUUCGUGGUAUUACUUAUUCGAGACGACAUGUUUCGCGGUCGCCAGAGAAGAAGGCGUUUUGGCGUUUCAGCUUUCAUGAGCUGGGUAUUUAUGAUCUGCCGGCUAUGUUUGAAUAUGUGUUGCGCACCACAAUGAAAGAUUCGCUGCACUAUGUUGGUCAUUCGAUGGGCACAACCACAUUUAUGGUACUGAUGUCCUUGAUGCCUUGGUAUAUGGAACGUAUACGCACAGCUCAUUUGUUGGCACCGGUUGUUUAUAUCGAUAACCAACAAUCACCGUUGAUGCGCUUCACUUCGCCCAUUUUGGGCAAACCCAGUCCAAUCUCGAAGGCCGUGAGUGAUCAUGAUUUUCUGGGAUAUAACGAAUUCACGUCUUUAUUUGAUGCGGCGGCAUGUAGAAAUGAAUUUUUAGAUGAGACACUUUGCGCCAAUCUUCUGUUUCUUUACACGGGAUUUGAUCCGGUUAAUACAGACUAUUCCCUAAUUCCCGAAAUCGUAAAGACUCAUCCUACAGGCGGCUCCACCAAUCAGGUGUUACAUUAUAUGCAGGAGUACGUGUCCGGUCACUUUAGGCAAUACGAUCAUGGUCUGAAGGGGAAUUUGUUGUACUAUAAACAACCAACGCCGCCCGACUAUCCACUGGAGAGUAUACGAGCGAAUCCUCCAUUGCAGCUGUACUAUGCGGAUAAUGAUUGGCAAUCAUCGCCAAUCGAUGUUUUUCGCCUGUUGCCGCGCAUGGGUGACAACAUUGAGCUUCGACACAUUAACCUAACAACCUGGAAUCACUUGGACUACUUGUUUGCUUUUAAUGUUAGAGAAGUAAUCAACGAGAGGGUCCUCGGAUAUAUCAAUGGAUUCGAGAGUAAACGGGAGGCAAUGUUGGUGGAAGAAGAAAACAACGAGGAAGUGACAGAGGGAGCGGUUAAUAUAUCCCAAUAA